AUGGUGUCAAAGUGCCUUUCCUCUACAUUCAGCGACGUCGACAACAAUUCAGAACUGAUUAGGGCAGAUAGAGAUAGUUAUGAAACUGAUGGAAAAGAAAUUGUUAAACCUCUUCUGUCCGAUGGGUGGGAGAAUGUUUUCGAUGAUCCGAACAAGCUUUUUCGUGGUGGUGUUGAUGAUGUUCGGUUGGCCUGUCAAAAGUAUUGUUUGAAGACUGGGUAUCGCGUAACAAAGGUGAAGAAUGAUCGUGAAAGGUUCACAAUGAAAUGCAGUAAAGUCUCAUGCACUUGGAUGAUCCAUGCAGUUGCUAUUGAUUCUACUUGCGAUGUUUUUAGGAUAAAAAAGUAUGUUGGUAGGCACACUUGUGGAGCUGGUGUGAAGUUGAGAAGUCCUAAAGUAUCGAAGAAGCUGGUACACAACCUUAUUCAUGAUCGUGUGAUACACAACCCACUUAUCAAGCCUCGUGAAAUUGAAGAUUAUAUAAAAGUUGGUGAUGGUGUUAAUAUCAAAUAUCACCAUGCAUAUCAUGGUUUGGAACGGUCACACCAUGAAAUUUUUGGGAAUGAUGUAAAGUCUUACUCUGAUCUGGUUUGGUGGGUGAAUUCAUUGAAAGAAACAAAUCCUGGCUCUUAUGUGGAUUUUCAGCUUAACGAUGCAACUCAGACAUUUGAAAGGUUAUUCAUUGCAAUAGGCGCUUGUAUUGAAGGUUAUAGACUUUGUCGACCAAUGACUUUUGUUGAUGCAACUUUUCUGACCGGGAGAUUUAGAGGUAACCUUAUGGCUGCUACUUGUCUGAAUGGGAAUCAAGGUUUUUAUCCGCUAGCCUUUGCAUUGGUCCUAGGAGAGGAUGUUGACAAUUGGGAUUGGUUUAUGUGCAAUCUUAGCAACAUUGUUGAUGACCGUCCUAUCACCUUUAUGUCUGAUCGUCAUGAAGGAUUGUUGAGGGCUAUUCCUAAACACUUUCCUACUUCCCAUCAUGGCUAUUGUUACUACCACUUGCAAGGAAACUUACCAAUCAGGAAAUCGGACGAGAAGUACAAAGAAGUUAUGGCUUGUUUCAAAAAAGCAACUUAUGCUCUCACACCAGCAAGAUAUGAAGAAGCACUAAUGGAAAUGGAGUUAAUGGGAAGGCAUGGGGUUGCUGAGUAUUGCCGCAAUAUGCCUAGGGAACAUUGGUCCAGCGCGCUCUUCACUGGCUGUAUAUUUGGUCAGACUACAUCAAGCGUUGCUGAGUCCUUCAAUAAUUGGAUUCGGAAAGACAAGAGGUUGCCUGCCUGCGCCCUCGUUGACAUGAUCAGGUUACGCGUUAUGGAGUUGAUGAAUGAACGUCGCGAAAUGAGUCUUUUGAUGGACCCAGAGAAGCUCACUCCUACCUACGAGGCGUUACUUAAAGAACAUAUUCAAAUUGGUCGAGUUUGGAAUGUUACUCAGUCAUCUGCGUAUGAGUAUGAGAUUCAUUCGCCUAGGUCUCACACUGUUGAUCUGCUGAACAAGACUUGCACCUGCCAAAGAUGGCGUGUUUAUGGUUUUCCAUGCUCUCAUGCUACAGCAACUAUUUCUGCCAAGGGUGAUCGAUACGUAGAUUAUAUCGAAGACUACUUCAAAGUUACAAAUUUUCAGCAGCUGUAUUCAAUUGCUAUCAGACUAAUCCCCAACUACAAUAGGCUAGAGCAGUAUCUGCCAGAGGAUACUAUUUUUCCACCCCAUCCACGAGUUCCAACAGGUAGGCCGAAGGGAAAUCGUAUCAAGAAUGCAUGGGAAAAGCUAGGAAGUCCAUUCGUUGUUCCAACUGCAAGAAGAAAACUCACCACAACAAGGCAACGUGCACUGUGA